CACUCGCCAAUGUCCUCCACCCCGCCCCCGAUCCUCGACAUGCCGGCCUCGGACGACGUCGCCAGCAAUGGCGCGCGAGCAGCGGCGAAGCGGAGGCGUCUGCUGCUGUGCGCCAACUACAUCGCCCUGCUCGGCGGUUCCGUCGCGUCCAGCCUCAUGUCCCGCUACUACUUCGCGCACGGCGGCCACGAUCGCUGGGUGGCCACGCUGGUGCAGUCGGUCGGGUUCCCGGUGCUGCUCCUGCCCGUCUACGCCGGCCGCUCGGCCGGCCAGCCCAGGCCGUUCACGUGGUUCACGCGCCGGCUGCUCAUGGCGUGCGUCCUCAUCGGGGUGCUCAUGGGGGUCAACAACCUGCUCUUCUCCUACAGCUCCUCCUACCUGCCCGUCUCCACCUCCUCGCUCCUGCUGUCCAUGCAGCUCGCCUUCACGCUCGUGCUCGCCGCCAUCAUCGUGCGCCAUCCCUUCACGUUUUCCAACCUCAAUGCCGUCGUGCUCCUCACCCUCAGCUCCGUGCUGCUCGCGCUCCGGUCGUCCGACUCCGCCGAGCAGCCCGACGGCGGGAGCCGGACGAGGUACUUCGUGGGCUUCGCUGUCACGCUCGGCGCCGCGGGGCUCUUCGCGGCCUACCUGCCGGUCAUGGAGCUGCUGUACCGGAGGGCCGUGUCGGGUGGGUUCCGCAUGGUGGUGGAGGUGCAGGUGGUCAUGCAGGCGGCGGCGACGGCGCUGGCCGUGGCAGGGCUCGUCGCGGCGGGAGGGUGGGGCAAGGAGGUCGCGCGGUGGGACGGGUCCCCGGCCGCCUACUGGACGCUGGUCGUCGCGCUGGUGGUGACGUGGCAGGCCUGCUUCAUGGGCACCGCCGGGAUGGUGUACCUCACGUCAUCGCUGCACAGCGGCGUCUGCAUGACCGCGGUGCUCACCUUCAACGUGGUCGGCGGCGUGGUCGUGUUCCGCGAUCCGUUCGGCGCCGAGAAGGCCGUCGCCACCGUGCUCUGCGUCUGGGGCUUCUCCUCCUACCUCUACGGCGAGUACACCACGCGGCAGAAGCAGCAGGAAGGCGACGGCAAGGUGGCCGCCGCGUCUGACGGAAGCGGCGCGGACAAGAGUGUUACAGGUGGCGGCGGUGGCGUGGGAGGAGGUGCAGUUGAGACCGUUUGAGCUAGCUUUUUUUUUCUUUCUUUUUUCUUUUUUCUUUUUUAGAGCAUAGCAUCCGAAACAUAUGCUGCAUCAUGGAAAUGUUAAGAUGGGGGAAAAAGUCUCAACGGUAGUGCAUCGAGUAGUCUCUAGUCGCAGAACGCAUGCGUGGAACAUAAGUUAGACAUGCAUGUAUGUAUGGCACAAGAGACAAAGCAGGUUGUGUACAUAGUGAUCGAUGCAUGAGCCGUGCAUGAGAGAUGGAGGUUGAUGGUUGUGCUUUGCUGGCUGCUUGUUUGUAAGGUUUAAGGUUUAGUAAAAGUGUUUCUAGAUCGUCAGUUUUAGUACAAGUUUCGGUGGAUGAAAUGGAAGAAGGAUGAAUGAUGGAGUGACAUAA